CAGCCCCCUGAGGAGCCGGUCUCCCGCCACCCGCCGUCUCGGACCUGCCUGGGCGCCCGUGUGGGAGCGGUGGCCGCGUAGGGCCCGCGGCGGCGGCGGAGCAGCCACCCCACGCGGCUCCGUGAGUGCCUCGGGGAGCUGUUAUCUCUGAUUUUACACCAGAGCAGACUGGGCCUCAGUUGUCAGCAUUUGUGUUGGUGGAUUGCCAGUGCAGGGGCCAGGCUGUCCUAGACCAGGAUGACGACGGUAGACCUGAAGGCGCCCGAGCAUCAGAACCCUCACGCCCGGCCUCUGUGGGAGGACAGAGGGCCUGUGAACGAGAGUGCCUCUCAGACUGAGCGAUGGAGCCCACUGGCCGACAACCUGGGGCCUGAGAGGUCUCGUCAGCACUUCAGGAGCUUCUGCUACCACGAAGCCACUGGACCCCGGGAGGCUGUUGGCCAGCUUCGGCAGCUAUGCCGUCAGUGGCUGAGGCCGGAGAUCCACUCCAAGGAACAGAUCUUAGAACUGUUGGUGCUGGAGCAGCUCCUGACCAUCUUGCCCAGGGACGCCCAGGCCUGGGCAGAGACGCGCCACCUGCAGAGCACCGAGGAGGCGGUGGUGCUGCUGGAACACCUGCAGGGGGAGCCCGGUCAGGUUGUGGUCCAUAAUCUGAGAAAGGAGUCAGUGCUCCUGGGAGAAUCAACAGCAGCUCCAGGCUUUAAGCUGAAGCCAGCAGUACUGAAGCCCCUGGACGUAGUCCAGCAGGAAGAAUUCUGGAAUACAUAUGAGGGUCUACAAGAAGAGCCAAGCAGUAAGACUGCUAGAAAAAGUGAGCCUGCACUCGGAAGUGCUGUGCCUACUCCCGAGACUCUAGCCUUUCCUGAGCAGACAGACACCAAGGACUGGACAGUGUCACCUAAACUCAUCUUGCCUGAGUCCCAGAGCUUGUUGACAUUUGAAGAAGUGGCCAUUUAUUUCUCUCAGGAAGAAUGGGAGUUGCUGGAUCCCACUCAGAAGGCCCUCUACCAUGAUGUCAUACAGGAAAACUAUGAGACUGUCAUCUCUUUGGCUGUGCCUACUCCUGAGACUCUAGCCUUUCCUGAGCAGACAGACACCAAGGACUGGACAGUGUCACCUAAACUCAUCUUGCCUGAGUCCCAGAGCUUGUUGACAUUUGAAGAAGUGGCCAUAUAUUUCUCUCAGGAAGAAUGGGAGUUGCUGGAUCCCACUCAGAAGGCCCUCUACCAUGAUGUCAUACAGGAAAACUAUGAGACUGUCAUCUCUUUAGAACCCUCUGCUGACUUCCUGCCACAUUCAGAAGAAAACCCAGAGUCUUCACUGAGCCCUGCAGCAUUGUUUGUGCUCCCUAAACCUAAAGUCAUCUCCUGUCUAGAACAAGGGGAAGAUCCAUGGGUUCAAGGGUUCCUGGAGUGCAAGGACAGUCCUGGAAUGUUGACUGCAGGGCUAAAGCUCAAAAAUGACAUUGAAAAUCAUCAGCCUAUAUGUCUUUCUAAUUUAGAAAUACAAUCACCGGGAGACUUAGUGUCAAAAAAAGUCAGAGUAAAAAUUCCUCAGAAAACAACGGGCAAAGAAAACCAUGGAGAUGUGCACAGGGUGGGGAAAUGGCAACGAGAUAAUCCGAUAAAGAAAAGAAAGAAACUUUCAACUUGGAAACAAGAGCUGCUGAAACUUAUGGAUCUUCACAAGAAGCACCAUGCAGGAGAGAAGAAGCCUUUUAAAUGCCAGGAAUGUGGGAAAAACUUCAGAGUCAGCUCUGAUCUUAUUAAACACCAAAGAAUUCAUACUGAGGAGAAACCAUUUAGGUGUCAGCAGUGUGAUAAAAGGUUUAGAUGGAGUUCUGAUCUUAAUAAGCACUUAACAACACACCAAGGAAUAAAACCUUAUAAAUGUUCAUGGUGUGGGAAAAGCUUCAGUCAAAAUACAAAUCUACAUACACACCAAAGAACUCACACUGGAGAGAAGCCUUUUACAUGCUUUGAAUGUGGGAAAAAAUUCAGUCAGAAAUCCCACCUUAUUAAACACAGGAGAACCCACACAGGUGAACAGCCUUAUAGUUGUACCAUAUGCAAGAGAAACUUUAGUAGGCGCUCAAGCCUUCUUAGACACCAGAAACUCCACCACUAAGGGGAAGCUCACUAGUGUCCUCAAUCUGAAGAUAUUUACUCAGUGGAGUAAAUAUCUAAACUUUGUGCGAAGAUGUACAGAUGUGAAUUUCACUAGUGGGAAAUAUGCGUAGUUAGUUAAGCAUUGUGUUUCACAGGAUAUAAUCAAGGUUGACUACAAUGGAUAAUUGUUGUACUUACUGGUUUUAGUAAUCUGCAGGGAAUUCCUUCAUAAGAGAAUUGUUCUAAGAACAUUUUGAAAUGGGGGAGAUCUUUUGGUUAUUAUGUUUGGCAGGAUAGCAAAUUCAACUUCAAGUAGCAGACGCAGCCAUGAGUCAAUCAGUAGUCUGCUGUAACUACACAAGUAAGCAUUGUUGGUUUUGCACCGGUUUUCCCAGCCACUCUAAUCAUGUUUGAUAGAAACAUUUGCAGCUUGGGCUUCCAAUCCAAAAAGCAGUAGUGUGCAUGUUUGUAUACCACUGUCUUCCAGGAAGCAGACUUACUGAUUUCAAUUUUCUCAUCUAAUAGAAUAUAUUCUAGUGAAGUAUUGGGGAGAUGCACUGGACUGUGGUCUUUUCUCUUGCCAUUGGGCACGUCCACGAAGUUGGGCGUUUGUCUUGAGUUCCUUUUGGAACUUUUAGCUGCUUUAGCUCUUGACUCUUACUAAUAUAGUUUUUACAGUUCUGAAAUCUACCAGGUGAACUACUAAUGCACUGUUUUACUCCUCUCAUUGGUAGUGUUUGCAAAAAGGAAAACAUUUCAAAUGAGAGAUAAAGAAACGGGUUGGAAUAUUUAGCCAUGGACUACAUAUUAAAAUGAAUGAUUUUUCUGUGAACUAGGUUUUCUUAUUUCACAGUGUCAACAGGAUCAAACAGCCAUAAAAAUUAGCAUUUUCUUAGGGCCUUAUCAGCUGAGGAUCAGCUUAGUGUUUCGUCUGUGUUUUAAUUUGAUAUUUGUUAUUGAGAACAUGGAGAGAACUGUGUUUGUCUCAGUCUGAUGUGUACUGCUGGCAGCAUCCUGUGACCUGUUGGGCCUGUUGACUAGUCAGGGGAAGACUGGGUUCUCAAAAGCUCUUAGGAACUAACUCCGAGUGGGCACAGAUGGGCUAGUUCAUCUCCAUGUUGUUUGCCUUAAACUGUAAGCUCAGGGCUACGAUCUUGUUGUUUUCUGACAUACCCCCUAGAAGCAGCCUUAGGUAGUUUUCUGACUAUGAAAAUGUUUUAUAACUCACAUAUUUAUAGGAAAGAAAGGAGAUGAUGUCUUCCUUAUUUCUUAGAAAUGACAUACAUAGUUAAGGUGACCUGGGAGGUGGCACAAUGGGUAACGUGUUGGACUCUCAAGCAUGAGGUCCUGAGAUUGAGUCCUGGUAUUUUAUAUGCCAGAGUGAUGAGGCUCUGGUUCUGUCACCUCCCCCCACCCCGUAAAUAAUUUUUUAAAGAAAUGAAGUUAAGGCUCAAAGAGGUGCUUUUUUUUUUUUUUUUGGCUGCCACUUAAAUUCAUUAUUCCAUUCUGAAGUGAGGAUCAGGAUUAAUUUGUAUGAAAUCCUUACACAACAACUUUGAUUUUAUUUUUAAAGCUAAUUCUAGUUUAUAAUAUAUUUCUGUUUCUUGACUGGUUACUGGAAUGCUUUUUAGUCUCCAUUUUAUCAAUAAAUAUUUAAUUAAAAAAAAUUUUUUUUUGCCCACAGGGUUAUUGCUGGGGCUUGAUGCCUGCACUACGAAUACACUGCUCCUGGAGGCCAUUUUUUUCCUUUUGUUGCCCUUGUUUUGUAUCAUUGUUGCUGUUAAUAUUGUUGUUGUUGUUGUUGGAUAGGACAGAGAGAAAUUGAGAUGGGAAAGACAGAGAGGGGGAGAGAAAGAUAGACACUUGCAGACCUACUUCACCACCUGUGAAGUGACUCCCCUGCAGGUGGGGAGCUGGGGGCUCGAACCAGGAUCUUUGUGCCGGUCCUUGUGCUUUGCGCCAUGUGCACUAAACCCACUGCACUACCGUCCAGCCCCUAUUUUAUUUUUUUAAACCAGAGCACUCCUCAGCUCUGGCUUAUGGUAAUGUGGGGGUUUAUUUAUUUAUUGGAUAGAGACAGCCAGAAAUCAAGAGGGAAGGGAAAGAGAGACAGAGACACCUGCAGGCCUGCUUCACUCAUGAAGCUCUCCCCCUGCAGGUGGGAACCAAGGGCUUCAAACCUAGGUCCUCUCACUCCGUAAUAUGUUCUUUCAACCAGGUGUGCUACCGCUCGGCCCCUCUAAAUAUUUUAGAAGCUCUCAUAUGAAAUCAAAGAUUUGCACAUAGAAGAGAAUGAGGGUUGGCAAAUAGCUAACUUUAUUACUGUGCUGCUUUCCCAUGUUCUUUCCCAAGAUUGAGCCUGGCCCCACUGCUUUGAAGGAAGGAAGCUUCAUUGCUGUGGUCUGUUUCACUCUCUGCCCCUCUGUCAAUAAAAUAGAAAUAACAUUCAACUUGGGGUUAGGUUGAUGGGAGAAAGACACCUUACACAGAGCUUGGCCAAUAGCAGAUGCUCCAAAGUCCCUUUUCUAUGCUUGCUUGUGGCAAAUGUAUUGAUUUUUUUUUUUUUUUUUUUUGCCUCCAGGGUUAUCGAUGGGGCUGGGUGCCAGCACUAGGAAUUGACUGCUCCUGCCAGCCAUUUUUCCCACUUUAUUGACUAGGACAGAGAAAUUGAGAGAGGGAGGAAGGAAGAAAGACCUCUGCAGACCUGUUUCAGUGCUUGUGAAGCGUCCUCCCUGCGGGUGGGGAGCUAGGGCUCAGCCCUAGAUCCUUGUGCAUGUUUGCGCUUAGUGCUGUGUGUAUUUAGCCAAGUGUACUACUGUCUGGCCCCAGGUUGACUGAAUUAAAGAAUCAGAUUGUAAGGAUCCCAGUUUGAGCCCCCGGCUCCCCACCUGCUGGGGAGUUGCUUCACAAGUGGUGGAGGAGUUCUGCAGGUAUGUAUCUUUAUCUCUGUCUUCCCCUCCUGUCUCCAUUUCUCUCUGUCCUAUCCAACAACGAACGACAACAAUAAUAACCACAACAACAAGGGCAACAAAAGGGGGGGGGGUGGCCUCCAGAGCAGUGGAUUCUUGGUGCAGGCACUGAGCCCCAGCAAUAACCCUGGAGGCAAUAAAGAAUCAGAGGCAGGACUGGAGACAUAGUUCAUUAGACUUAAUGCCUGAGGCACCAGAGGUCUAGGGUUCAGUCUCUGGCAUUACCAUAAACCAAGCUGAGCGGUGGUGUAUUUUAAGGGGGGAGGCAUGCGGUGGUGCACCUGGCUAAGUGCGCAUGCUGUCAUGUGGUGAAGUGCAAGGGUCCCAAUUCAAGCUCCCCACCUACAGGGGGCUCACUCCAUAAGUGGUGAAGCAGGGAUUCAGGUGUCUCCCUCUUUCUGUCUUCCCCUCUCUCCUUUUCUCUGUCCUAUCUAACAACAAAAAUGGCCACCAGGAGCAGUGGAUUUAUAGUGCAGGCACUGAGCCCCAGUAAUAACCCUGGAGGCAAAAAAGAAAGUGCAGUUGUGGGUGUUGCACCUUCUUGAAGGAGCCAAGCCCUAGUCGUGGCAGCUAUUUGGUCCUGCGCUGAUACUUCCAAUGGGGGUUUUGUUUCCCCAAGGUAAAUUACAUUGAGUAUAUUUCUGGAGUUUAGGUCUGCGUAGCUCUGACCCAAAACCAUCCUGCUACUAUGCCUGUUUUCCUUUGAUAUAUGUGGUUUUUUUUUUCUUUGAAAAUUUUUGAGAGAGCUAGAGCAUCACUCUUUUGACACUUGCAGUGACAGGGAUAGAACUUGGAAUAUCAUGCUUGUGAAUCCGACACUUUAUCCACGGCACCAGCUCCCAGGCCACAGGGAGAUUUUUUUUCUGACUCCACAAUAAUGCAGUUAGUGAGGGUCUAGUAUGAGCGUAGGGACUAUCGCAGAUAAGGAUACAACAAAGACCAAAAAAAUGCAUACCCCCGUGGAAGCUAGCAGUCGCGUGAGUAGUAGAGUGUGAGGCCAGAGAAACAGUAGUUUAAACAUAACAGGCUUCCACUCCUGAAAGCUUCGGGAUCCCAGAUUCAAUCCCUAGCAUCAUAAUCCAGAGCUGAGUGGUGCUCUGGACAAACAAAAAGAUGGUGCUUUUCCUGCUUGCGUCAGAAUCUUGAGAGUUUUGGGUGUGGAGUGUGAGCAGAAACUUCACUUGUUUGACUAAGACGUUCUUGGAGCAAAGCCCUCAGGCUCCUUUCUUGCCUCAACCAUAGGAGCACACAAAAGAGCCCAGUGGUCAAAGCAGUCAGGAGUGCCGGGGCAGUGUGGGAGCCCCCAGCUGUGUCACGGAUUUUACAAGAAUGAGAAAUAAAUUUUUAUUGUGUUAAGCCA